AUGGUAUCAUCCCCCUCACCUUCGCCCAGUACUGGUAUCAUUCCCUCACCCUUCCCAGUACUGGUAUCAUGCCCUUACCUUCCACAGUACUGGUAUCAUCCCCUCACUUCCCCUUGUACUGGUAUCAUCCUCUUACCUUCCCCUAGAUCUAGUAUCAUCCCCUCAUCUUCCCCCAGUACUGGUAACAUCCCCUCACCUUUCCCCAGCACUGGUAUCAUCCCCUCACCUUCCCACAAUACUGCACUGGUAUCAUCCCCUCACCUUCCAACAGUCCUGAUAUCAUCCCCUCACCUUCCCCCAGUACUGAUAUCAACCCCUCACCUUCCCUCAGUACUGAUAUCAACCCCUCACCUCCCUCAGUGCUGGUAUCCUCCCCUCACCUCCCCAGUACUGGUAUCAACCCCUCACCUCCCCCAGAACUGGUAUAAUCCCUCACCUUCCCCCGUAUUGGCAUCAUCCCCUUACUUUCCCCCAGUACUGGUAUCAUCCCCCAUCUUCCCCCAGUACUGGUAUCAUCCCUCACCUUCCUACAACCCAAUUACAAGUAUCACCCCACCACCACACACCACCAUUACUAGUAUCAUCCCGACCCUGCCUCCCCACACUCCAAACUGCUAUAAUCCCCUCAAUUCCCCCAGAACUGGUAUAAUCCCUCACCUUCCCCCGUACUGGCAUCAUCCCCUUACUUUCCCCCAGUACUGGUAUCAUCCCCCAUCUUCCCCCAGUACUGGUGUAUCAUCCCUCACCUUCCUACAACCCAAUUACAAGUAUCACCCCACCACCACACACCACCAUUACUAG